AUGGCAUCGUUGCGAAUGAACGAACCCGCCGAGAUCCAAACCUCUGCUUUGGAAUUGGAUAGCGACCUAUUUGACCUCUUCUGUAAAUGCGACCAUAAACUCAACGAAGUCCUCAACAGUCGCAAUCGCGACCUUCGCAAAUUCGUUGCUCACGCCAACCUAUUGCAGAGUCUAAUGACGCACACAAAAUCGACUUCCACUGAAAAAUCAGCUGCGUCAUCGACAAAUUCCUGGCUUGUGGAGCUGGAUGAGGUUUUGAACAUAUCCGAGUUGGAAAAACAGGCCGGCGAAAACCCAUUUUCGGUUGGGCUUAGCAUUGAGAUCUCUUAUUCGAAUUAUGAGGAAGAAUGUUGGCCAUGA